AUGGACGCGUUCCUCGCGAGGAAAUAUUGUUUAAUUUCUUUCACAGUAUUGUUGCUCAUCCUGUGCUGCCUAACUGCCAAUGCUCAACCGAGCGCACGAGCCAAGCCAAUCGUCACCGCGCUGCCGUCACUAUCAAGUACGCGAGCACGAGCGACCACCAGUUCUUCCACGACCAUCAACGCGGCACUAUCACAAGACGUCCCGGACGAUGCCGGAACCGUCAUUACACCCGGUGUACAAGAUAGCAAUCCCUACACCACCCCGAAGACUGAUUCCAGUGUAGCGGAUGGUGCUCGACGGACCGAUGACCAGCAGCGGACGAGCAGGGUGACAUCAACGGCGUCAUCUGCAUCCGACACGAGUAAUUCACAGGAAGGAACGGGUGAAGUCGAUGAGCGGCAGCAGCUGCAAGGUCGAACGGUACCGAUCGAAGCCCGCUCGAUCGCGGAUGCAACAGCUGUCAACGGUUUGUCGCACUCCAUGGAGAGCUCAUCGUUCGGUAACGACGGCGACGACGACGACGACGGUAAGGAGGAGGAUAAGGUGUCCGAACCGAUCGUCACUACACCCUCAUCAUCGGAUACAUUAUCCACAUCACCAUCGCCGCCAUGGUCAACGGAAAGUGAACCAUCCGGUACGGCCUGUCCGGAGCGACCGUUCGUUGAUAUGACCGGUAAUUAUCAGCACCGGAAGUACCUGCAGAAGAUCGGUCAAGCCAGCACCCAAGAGGGGGCAGCUACGCCACGGUCUGGCGCUGACUAUCGGCAGAGUGCUCGCGAUGGUGCGGGCCAACCACAACCACAAAGCGAUACCGAUGGUGCGGAGGGUGUCGAUGCUGACCAUGGAUACCGGCUGUACCGGUUGCCCGGUGACCUGAUGCUGUCCUUCAUCGUCGAUACGGACGAGUUCGGGGCGACACUGCUCGCGAUCGAUCGGAUCAAUGAGCUGCGGCUGGCCGGGGCGGACAUUAGUCUAGGUCUCACCGUAAUCCAUCUUCUUAACACAUCGCUCACCCAACGAGUGCUGCAGCAGGAAGUGAACUACCUGAAGGAAUGCUCAUCGAACACGAUCGGAAUCUUCGUGGAUGCUUCUCUUUGGCCCGCAGUAAGGCUACUAUCGGAAACACUGGACUACAACAUUUUCCCCCUUCCAUCAACGCACGAUCUACUCUUCACGAAGGCUGCCCACCUGCUGUACGAGCUACCGUGGACAAACGCCAACUCCUCCGCCAUGGUACGCUCGGGAUCCAGCGAGCUGGUCACCCGAUUCGGUGCCAUCUGCCGGCAUGAGCAUCUCUGUUUGGAGAGUUUCCCCAGUAGCGACAUGAUCUACAUACUGCUCGGGUUGGAGCCCGCGAUUAGCUUAGCCACAAAUGGGACCCUGGUGCUGGUGUUGACCGAGAAGGACCAUCUGUAUGAGUCAGAUCUUCCCGAUCAGGCGUACGUAAUAGCGGAAACUGAGCUCAAUGUGUCAACGCUCGGAUUCUCCUGGGAGCGGUACGGUGCCACACUGCGUGGUUUGGAUCUGCUAGCCGACGGCAGUUUGCUUUUGGAGGUAGCCGAUCUGUUGAACCGUACGGGAAAUGCCUGCCAAAACACUAGCAUCGAGUGUAUGAACAACUGGAAGUAUCAUGCCAGGCGACCCCAUACCACCGUCCUAGAGCAACUGCACCUGAUGGGUGCCACGCAGUACAUGGUGGUGGAACUGAAACAGAAAGUCACCAUUUCACCUUCCGCUAAUACCACACGGUCAUCGCAGAUGAAACUAAUCGCUAGUUCGAAUGUGAUCACGAAUUAUACGACCGUGCGCGAGCGAUCUUCGGAAGCAGGGGGUACCGAUGCACCGGCAAAGCUGGGAGCCAUUUUCUACUGCGCCAAGGAGUUCGAAAUCCGGCAUCCGGAUUUCAUCGAUCGCCACCAUCGCCCGACCUACUACGAUGGCCAUGGGAUUGCGGAUGGGGCGGAGAUGUUCGGUGAGAUGUCGUGGCAGCUCAAGAUGGAAGCGUGGGUUGCGGCUGGCCUAACCGUUUCGUCGCUCGGUAUUUUGCUGUGUGCCGCCAUACUGAUCUUUCUGAUCGUUCGCGUGUGCAUGGAUGACGUUCUGGAGGGCCAUCCGCUCGGUAGCAUCCUGCUGCUGAUCAGUUUGAUCGUACAGUUUGCUGCAUUCAUCCCCUUCAGUCUGGAGUACACGAGCUACCCGGCGACGGAGCUGAGCGGCCAUCGGGUGGAUACGAUGCAUACCUGGAACGCACUCUGUACGGUCAAGAUUUUCCUCGUAUCGAUGUGCUACUGCAUGACGUUCUCGUUGCUGCUGUGCCGUGCCAUCAUGCUUGCCUCGAUCGGUAGCGAAGGUGGAUUCCUAUCACACAUCAACGGCUACAUUCAGAGCGUCAUCUGUGGCUUCAGUACGCUAGUGCAGUUUGGGCUCUCGGUACAGCUUGUGAUAGUGCUGCAGGCAAACGCGCACAACAUGUCCUGUAGCGAGAUAUACUAUGGUCACUGGUUUUGGGCCGUGAUUGCGUACGAUGGGAUUUUGCUGGUAGCGCUGAUCUUUCUCGCACCGUUCAUCUUCCGCUCGCAGCGUAACUACCGCGAGGGUUUGCUGCUGGUGACCGGCUCGGUGCUCUGUCUAGUCAUCUGGACCGUCUGGAUCCCGUUGUGUAUGUUCGGGUACGAGUGGCGCGAAGCAGCGGUUUCACUCGGAAUGGUCGCUACCGCACUGGCCGUGCUCGUGGGUAUCAUGAUUCCGCGCUGCUUUCUCAUUGUCCGUGGUAUCGCUCGGUCCGAUCUGGUGCAAGCGCUGCCUUCGUUGACGUCGCUCGCUUUUGCCCAAGCCAAUCAAUACAUAUCGGAACAGAGUGUCUACGAAUGCGUAAAUCCUGCCAUGCGGCAACGAUCUCCAACCGAUGAUAGCUUCAUGAUGGACCAGGACCUUGACGAAACGUACGGUGGUAACAGUGAGAUACCGACGCUACCGCUCCGUGGUCAGCGUGGCCGAUUGCGCCAGGAAAAUGGUGCCAGCACGAUCAACAACUGCGGGAACAAUCACCACCAUGGCCAAACCACCAUGGGGAACGGGCUGAUGCAGCAGAAUGGUACCACCAACGUGACUCACAUUGCACCGAACUUUUACGGCAUUUCCAAUCCGUACAGCUGCUCCGACUCGCUAACUUCGAUCUCACCGAAUAAAAUAACUCGCUUCUGAGGCGCUCCUAGAGCAGGCAGGCAUACAUCCGUCUGGCAAGCCGGGCAGGAGUAGUUCCUCCAUCUCCCCGCGCCCAUCGGCAUCACUCUGUUCUGCCAACGCACCCAUUCUAGUCAUACGGAAAUGGACGAUCGAUCACCGAUUUGCAAUGCGAUUUGCACCGGCAAUCGGUGGAGUUUCACGAGUGUCUCCCUUUCUUCAUUCCUUCCCCUUCUUCUUUCGUGACAGACAAUGUUUUUUUUUUAUCGAUACUGAGUGAGCAA